GCUCCGACUCGAUCGGGUGAUAUAUUCUUGAUUGCAAAACGAUGGAGGUUCGUUGUCCGACAUGGAGGUAUGAUGUCUGUGUCUGUCCUGUGGCUGCUCUCCUGCUGCUGAUACAAUCUCUCGGGCCGUUCGGUCCGACUUAUGCAUGCCGAGGUCAGUCGGCGGACUCUCAGCGGAUCUGCUUUGUUUCGUCUGCAAAUUUGUACCGUCUCUUCGACGUUCGGCUUUCGACACGAAGGCUCGGCAUUUAACGUGUCCUCUGGCUGCGCUCCUGCUGCUGAUUCAAUCUCUCUGGGAGCUCGGUGCGGCUUAUGCGCAGUGAGGUCGGUCGGGACUGUCGGCGGAUUUACUUCGUUCCAUCUGCCGAUUUGUUCCGUCUUUUACGGCGUUCGGCUUUCAACACUUAAGUCUAGGCAUUCAGCAUGGAGGGAUGAUGUCAGAGUUCAAUGUUCAUGCUUUGCUGUCUGCUUGCUGUGGCUGCUUGGUACGGAUGUCUCUAUCUCUGAGAUCGGUCCGGUUUAUGCGCAGUGAGGUCGGUCGGGACUGUCGGCGGAUUUACUUCGUUGCAUCUGCCGAUUCGUCAAAUGCUUGUUAGCCGUUUCUUUGAAGAUGAACUCUUUCAGCACGGAGAGUCGGCAGUUCACAUGGAGGGCUUAUGUUAUUGUUAAUGCUCUACUAUGGCUGCUGGCUACGGCUGCUGCAAUUUCGGAGAGCGGUCUGACUUCUGCGGGUGAGGUCGGUCGGGACUGUCGGCGGAGCUGCUUCGUUUCGUCUGCAAAUUUGUUCCGUCUCUUCGAUGAUUGUGAGAAUGGUGUGGAUGGAGUUCCAUCGUCGUGGGUGCGCGGUCUCUUCGACUAUGGUGAGUUAUUUGCUUUUCGGCGUUAUACGUCUGCUUCUGCUGCCUUAAUUGAUAGUAUUCGGCUGCUGCUGCCGCCUUUAGUCGGCAGUUUCCUGGCUCGGUUGUAUUUUCAGUUCAUGAAAUAAUCAUUUUCACGUGGUGAGAUGUUCGUUCGCUGUGCUGACAUCUGUCUGGUUGGGUGAGGCAUUCACCGUUAAGGUGAGCGCUAGUCCGUCGCUUCGUGGGCGGGGUUCCGUUGUCUGACCAUCUCUCUGGUUGGGUGAGACCUUCACCGUUAAGGUGAGUGCUAGUCCGUCGCUUCGUGGGCGGGGGUUCCGUUGUCUGACCAUGGGCACAUUGGAUUGGAGGCUCGGAUGACCAAAUACGCGUGUUCGGCGAUCAGAGGAGUUCUCAGUAUGAGAGAGCUGGAGGUGGAGGUGGUCGAUGGGAUCACGCUGUCGGUUCUAUUUUAACGGUCCGCUUGAGCUCGGUGAGAACGUCGAUCAAUCUGUGGUGAUGCCAUUUUUCGGGGUCUGUGUGGGAAGAGAGAGAGAGAGAGAGAGAGAGAGAGAGAGAGAGAGAGAGAGAGAAAGAGAGAGAGGUGUCAUUUCUUUGGAGAUGUUCUUCAGAGAUGGCCUCUGGUGGAGUCAUUGCUCUUUGGGGAGCACCCAUCUAGAGAUGAUCGCUGUGGUGGAGAUGGUCGUUUUGCUAUGGUUAUGUGGAGGUCUCAUUUUGAAGUUGUCUUUUGCUGUGGUGGGUGGAUCGACCUUCCGAUUGACGACGAAGUGAAUUAUUUGUCGAAACUCGGCGUGUUUGUUCUUCGGCCGGCCCUGUGGAGGGUCAAUUCGCCUUCUUCUCGCAGGUCGAGGGUUCAAGCCUGCUCUCGUUCACGUUGAGGUAAGAUAGAACGGGCAACCAGAAGAACGAUCCUACUUUUUGUCCGUGCUCGAUUACCAUGGCCGACUCACCUUUGUUCAGCCGGUCUUUCUCAGUUUUUAUUCUAAAUGUUGUAAGAGAGAGUGAGAGAGAGAGAGAGAGAGAGAGAGAGAGAGAGAGAGAGAGAGAGAGAGAGUCGGGGGGUAUGGGGAGUUUCUCUCCGUCGAGAUGUACUUUUUGUCGUCUUCGGGAAGAAUUGCAUUCAAUUUGUAAUUGCUGCCUUUGGAAUCGGCAGCAGAUAAUCAAUUUGGCUGUCAUGUCGGUCUUGAUGAUGGCGGGGGGGGGCGGUGUUAUUGCUUGUGUUAUUGCAGAGCGACCCUGGUAAUGGAUGAGGGAAGAUCUGCUCGUCUACAGAGAAAGGAGCUAUACAUAUAAUAUAGAUGUACUCCCAGCUGUUGCGUUUGUGAGCAUGUGCGAGUGUGGAUUAUUUGCGAAUGGAUGGAGGGUGGAAAUUGAAUGUAAAUGGAAGUUCACUACCUUGAGAGAUUUGCGAAUUAUUUGCAAAUGGAAUUUUUCCCGUUGUCAAUUUGACCACGGAGAGAAUGAAUGGAACAGGGAAGA